AUGGCUCCGCAGCGGCGGGCGCUGCCCCGCGGCCCCGACAGCGCCGGGCCGGGACCGGGACCGGGCCGCGGGAGCCGCCGGCACAGCAGCGCCAGGAAGGGCAGAUCGCAGCAGGAUCCCCGGGCAAGGUGGCUGAAGGCAGCGAUCCUCCUCCUCCUCUUCCUCUGCGCCGGCGGCGGCCUCGUGGUCUGGAGCCGCGUCCGCACCCAGGAUGGGAUCCCCGAGGGUGGAAUCCCCGGAGAUGGGAUCCCCGAGGGUGGAAUCCCCGCAGAUGGGAUCCCCGAGGGUGGAAUCCCCGCAGACGGGGUCACCGAGGUGCUGGCCCAUCGCAGUGACACCCUGCAGGACAAGUUCGUGGAGGUGCCCUGCUCCGAGGACUACGAGAGCCACAAGCGCUUUGCAGGUUGCACUCCUAGGAAGUGUGGAAGAGGUGUGACAGAUGCUGUCAUCACAAGGGAAGAAGCUGAAAGAAUUCGUAGAAUAGCAGAGAGGGGACUGUCCUUGGGAGGAUCUGAUGGAGGGGCAUCAAUUCUGGACCUGCACUCUGGAGCUCUUUCCCUGGGGAAGCAUUUUGUUAAUCUGUACAGGUACUUUGGGGACAAAAUUCAAGACAUCUUCACAGAAGAGGAUUUUGCCUUAUACAGGGAUGUGAGGCACAGGAUUCAGCAGAGGAUUGCUCAGGUGUUUGGGAUCAGCUCUUCUGCCUUGUACCUGACCAAGCCAACCUUCUUCUCCAGGAUGAACAGCACAGGGGCCAAGACAACACAUGAUGAGUACUGGCACCCACACGUGGACAAGGUGACUUAUGGCUCUUUUGACUACACUUCUCUGCUCUAUCUCUCUGACUACUCCAAAGACUUCGGGGGUGGACGUUUCGUGUUCAUGGAUGCAGAUUCCAACAAGACAGUGGAGCCCCGAGCAGGCCGGGUGUCGUUCUUCACCUCGGGCUCGGAGAACCUGCACCGGGUGGAGAGGGUGCAGUGGGGCACUCGCUUUGCCAUCACCAUCUCCUUCAGCUGUGACCCCCAGCACGGCAUCGGGGACCCCGGGGUGACAGGGCACCAUCCCUGAGUGCCCUGCAGGGACAGACCCCGGGGUGACAGCCACCAUCCCUGAGUGCCCUGCAGGGACAGACCCCGGGGUGACAGGGCACCAUCCCUGAGUGCCCUGCAGGGACAGACCCCGGGGUGACAGGGCACCAUCCCUGAGUGCCCUGCAGGGACAGACCCCGGGGUGACAGGGCACCAUCCCUGAGUGCCCUGCAGGGACAGACCCCGGGGUGACAGGGCACCAUCCCUGAGUGCCCUGCAGGGACAGACCCCGGGGUGACACCACACCCCUGAGUGCCCUGCAGGGACACACCCCGGGGUGACAGGGCACCAUCCCUGAGUGCCCUGCAGGGACAGACCCCGGGGUGACACCACACCCCUGAGUGCCCUGCACAGCAGCUCUGCAUGACAGCAACCUGCAAGAAGAGAGGAGAAAGCAGCUCUCUGAACCUCACAUGCAAUCAGAACUGCCCAGCUCUGGGAACAGCUGUCACACAUUUUGAUUUCACAGCUCCUUUUCCAUAAUUAUUGCAAAUGGUGGCUCAAGGACCAUCCUGAAUUUGAUGCAUUCUGAAAAUGGUUUGACUUCAAAUGCCAUGGGGACAGGCUGCAAAGAAGAGAGAAUGGGCUCCACAAAAAGAGAGAAUGGGCUCCGCAAAAAAGAGAGAACGGCCUCCACAAAGAAGAGAGGAUGGACUCCACAAAGAAGCAAGAAUGGGUUCCACAAAGAAGCGAAAGUGGGCUCUUCGAUUUUUUAAUAUUUUUAAAAAAUUCUUCAGUUUGAAAGAUACAAACAAUCUUUGGGCCAUGCCUUGCUGUGACUCCCAGGCUGCUGUUACCUGUUCACUUCUUUGGUCUCCUCAUUACUAAUGUGGUGUAGAAGGUCUGACCUCAGUGAAUUGAGCCUCAGUUAAUUGAGACCUGAGUUAAUUGAAUGUUACUGUCUAGAGCACACCUUCUGUUGAGAGGGAUGGAUUCUCUGAGUGUGGCAUCAGUGGGGAAUACCCUGAGCCUUGAACUUUUUAAAAAAUGUAAUUACUACUGAUUCAUAAUUCAGGAAGUCUCUCAGUAGCUAUUUUUUGAUUUCUCUUUUCCAGUUUAGUAAGAAGACUUUUUUUGUUAAUGAGAAUCCUGAAUAUUAAAUUGCAGGUUCUUCCAAGAGGAGCUGUGUGCAAACUCAUGCAUAAUCCUGCCAAAUACUUUAAGGUUUUUACUGCAGAGAUUUCUGUGGGUCAGGAGGUUGAUAAAUAAAUGGUAGAAAACCCUAUUUUCUUUUCAAUCAAACUCUGAAAUAACCACAUUGAUCUGGUUUAUAACCUGGAUGUAUAAUUUCUGGAUGUAUAAUUUCUGUGAAACACUGAAAAUCUGGGAAUGUGCUUUGAUUAUUUUUUUUAAUUUUAUGCAAACGGUUUGGACUUUAUAAUGUCACCUUUUCUGGAAAUAAUAAAUACUGGGGGGAAUUACACUGAAAAUCAAUAUAAAGAGGAGUAAGAGGACACUUGGGCUUGUGAGGGCUCUCACUGGGCACACCAGCAAGAUUAGUCCUCUGUAAUUUCAUUUCUUUGUUCUGAAUCUUAAAAACUCUUCCUUGUCUGUACUAACAAGGGAGAAUUGUUAAAUUGUCUGAAUGCAAGGAAAUAUUAAAGUCACUUGGGUUUCAUAUUGAAAUACUUGUCUUAAAGCCUGUUUUUUUUCCAAGGAAUUUGCAUUACAACAUGUUUUAAAUCUGUGUGAAGGCAGACCAAGAUCACCAGCAGCUUUAGUGGAUUGAGCUUGAUUCAAAUGUAGCUUUAAAUGAGAUUUAAAUGUAGAGCAAAAGCCUAACAUGAAUGGCCCUGUGUUUGCUGGUUUCUCCCGUGAGUGGCACUUCUGGAGCUGCCCUCUGUCAAAUCCUGCUCAACUAAACCAUCUCAGCCCAUGGGGGAAAUCUCAGCUCAUCUCCUCUUGGGUUUUCACCUUCUGAAGAUCCCGUGUCCUGUAGUAACUGCAGCCCCUGGUGCAUCUCCUGCUGGGAACUGAUGGAUGCUCAGAAAUAAAAUCAAGCUGGUUUUUGUCUUUUGGAGUUUUUAAGCCUCAGUAAUCUGGUCAUUAUGAUGACCAAACCUGUCAGCUGUGAUUUGUUGGGAAAUUGUGCACUGUGCAUGGUAGGUGAGCUCUUCUCUGGAAAAAAGCCAAAUAUUUUGUAUCUUUUAGUGCCACUGAGAUUCUUCUGCUUAGAGCUUCAAUAUCCAGACUGCUGCAAGCAAUGCCCAAAUCUAGGGAGAAUUUAAAUGGCAAAUGAGGAAAUAAAGUGCAAUCUAAAAGUUUCUGAAGGUGGCCUCCAGCAGGAAGCAGUAAUUGCAGAAUGUUCCUGGGGCACAGUGGAAUUUGAAUUCAAUAUAAAUUAUUCAGCUUAAUAAAAACAAACUUGGUUGAAUUUAUUUUAGGCCACUUAAAUACCCUGAAUAACUUUUUAUUAAGAGUCUCUCCAGGUAAUGGCAUGUAACUCUGAACUUGAAAUAAAUUAAUUUCUGCCCUUUUGGAGGCUCUGCUGCCUGUUGCUACUGGGAAUUGCAGGGCUCUGAUUUUUAGAACUCUGACUGCUGCAAGGGCAGGAUUUCUUCAAGAAAUGAAGAAAUAUCCAAGUAGCAUCAAUCUGAUGCCAAACUGCUGCAGAGAAACGUUCUUAAUUGAGCAGAGGAGGUGUCAGAAGGUGGCUGGAUGUGUCCCAGCUGUGUGAGGACCUUUCUGAAGAGUUAAAACCAACUCAGAAAAGGUCAGAGCUUGUGCAGUGGGAAUUGGGGCCCAGUCCUGGUGGUAAAAUUACAGCUUUGCACCUGAAAGCAGACUUGGUACAAGUGUCUGGGAAUGCUGGGUUGUGUUGGGAAGGAAAUUACUUGAAAGGAAAGGGAAAGGCUGCUGGUGUGAGAAGUCCCAGAGUAAAAUAGGAAAUGCAGCAGGAGGGGAAGCCAGAUUUGAGUCCCUACAGUGAGACUGAGUGAAGCCUCCUGAGGACUUCUGGGAAGUUGUGCUACUUUUAAAACCAUAUUUCCAUUCAAAUGUUUUAUGGAAUAUCAGGAACUUUUUCAAAAUUGACAGGUUUUGUGGUCACAUUAAGUUUUUAGUGUACACCUACCUUUCAGUCCUGUGGGAUGCAUUCAAUUUUAAUUUUUUUAUCCCCUGUGAUUGUUGGAACUCUGAGUGGACUUCUUGGCAUUCCUCAUGGAUAACAUUUUCAUUGUGUAAGCAGUUGUGGAAUCAUUAUGGCUUUGAAUUCCUUGUAAAUCAACUGAAGGUUUAGGAAGAUACGUUUAUAUUGAGAUAUUUUUGAAUAUGUAUAAUCCACCUGAAAUAUUCUGCACUCUAUCUCAGUUUCAAAUCCAGAAAUGUUUACAAGGAUACCCAAUUUACAAAAUAAAUAUUUAAAUCUGGAUUUAUACCAGAAAUUCAACUUCUUGUCCUAUUUUUAAGGUCAGCAGUUGUGUGCUUUAGGAGGCUGUAGCACCUAAUAAUGUGCACAUUAAAAUAAAUCAGUUGAAAAGGCAUUGAUGGUCACUGUGAUAAGGAAAUCUGGUUUUUGGUUCUUCAGUUGCAUUUCUUGUUAUUGGAUUG